CGACCGUUACCAAAUGUGUGUCUGAGUCAAGGAUUGACAGUACAGUACAUGUACACACAGUACAGAGCACAGAAUGCCUGAAUACUCUCGCGAUGUCUUCAGCAAGUACUCUAAUGAGCAGCUCCUAACGUAUAUUGAGCAGCAGAAUGAUCAGAUGGGCAGGUUGGAAACAAGGUUUAGAGAUGUGGUGAGAGCAUACAAGGGAGUGCUGACAGAGAAGGAUGCACUAGAAGCAACCGUUAAAGCGCUUAGUAUCUCUCAAGAAGAUGAUGCUGACUCGGCACUACCAGGAGAGGGGGACCGCCCCUCAGACAACGAGACUGAUUAUGAGACGUUGAAGAGUAGCACUGGUGACUGUGUGAGGAGUGAGGGCGUGAGGAGUGACUUGAGUGAGGCUGGUGACUCGGGUGCUGAAACAAAACCAAUUAAGGACCAUCUUUCUCCUUCAGGUGGGUUUAGACACCAGCUAAAACAGCAGCUAUCCACUGUCACUGCUGCCAUGGCUACUCUAAAUGUGGAGAAAGCCAAAAUGGAGAGCAGCUUUCAAGAGGACAAGAAAGCCAUGGUGGCCCAGCAAGACACACUGUCCAGGCUAUUACAGACUGAGAGAGAUAGUUUCAAGAGAGAGAGUAAGGAGCUUCGGAGGCAAAUAGAACAGAUGAGGGAGAGUCUGAUAUCAGAGCAGCAUUCACGACAAGAAGAACAAGAGACCAACGCUCAAAUGCUCCGGGAACUACAGGCACUCAUCGCAACCGAGAGAGACCACAAGAAAGCCCUCAACGUUGAGCUGGAAGAGCUCAACAGAGAACUGUAUAAUGUCCGAGAGCAAGUCUCCCGAGAAAAGGUGCACGAGUACGAGGAACUGAUACAAUCCAUAUCAGUGGAGCUAGAGCAAGUCAAAGGUCAACUAGCGGUGGCCGAGAAGAAACACGACCCCUCUCCUCAGAUACUCAAACUAAAGCAAGAGAUGGCAGCAAUCAAAGUGGAGUGUGAAGGACAGGUGCGAACAGAACAGGACAAACUAACUGAAUGUGAGGAGAGGCUUAAACUACAGGCUCAGCAUGAGGAGGAGCGAGUAGCCGGCCUUGAGGCAAAACUAUCAUCACUCUCUGAGACUAUCGGAGGCUACGAACGACUGAGAGAGAACGACCAAGCCACUACACAUCGACUGAAGGAGAGAGUGGCUCAACUGGACUCAGAGAAUACAGCUUUAACCAAGGAACACGUUGAGAGAGAGGGUUUCUCAAUUGCUGAGACAGCAGCACAAGUCAAAUCUCUACAGGAGAAGUUGGCCAGACUCAAAGCCUUGCUAAAGCUGGCUACAGUGAGGAUCAAUGAUGGAGCUGUACUGCCAGCCAACAUGGAGGAGCUCUCUCUGAACGAUUAUUCUGACAUGCUCUCGUCUCAGCCAUCAGGGAAGGAGUACAAACAAGAGCUGAGUCAGCUGAAGGAGGAGUUUGAACGCUACAAGACAAGAGCACAGUCUGUACUAAAGAAUAGGGGAGGAGUCUCAAAGGAUGGAGAAAGUGGUGGUCGUGAGCUGGAGGAGGUGAGGAGAGUCAACGAUGUGUUGUCUCGAGAGGUGGAGACAUUGCGAGGGUUGUCAGAGGAGGCGGGGCAGGAGCACUCUCAACAGCUGCAGGCACUACGGGUAGAGAUGAGGGACAUGGACACUAGACACAGGAGGGAGGCUGCAGAGACUAACAGCCAGUACAAAAGUAAACUGAGUGAACUUGAGACACAGGUGCAGGCUACUCGUUCGCGUACUCUCAAACUACUGAAAGAAAAAGACACUGAAAUACAGAAACUGAGGACUGAGCUACAGACAGGUGGGCGUGGCUACUCCGAGUAUCCCAUGGAAACGAAACGCCAGCUGUCCAGUCAAGGGAGCACGUCGAGUCUACCUGAGGGUGGGGAGGAGGGAGAGGAGCGUGGUGGUCUCAACCUGCCUAUCAAAGGUGCUGACUCAUCAAAUCCACUGCAAGAACUGCUUGAUAAAGUACCGAAUUCCCCGUCAGUGGGUGGGCGGAGACUCCUUCACGAUGUACAGGAGACGGCGGCUCGAGAUGGAGAACUGGCAAUUGCUCGACGGAGGAGGGUGGAGCUAGAGGACUUGAACAGGGACCUUGUUGUUAGGGAGCAGAUACAUUUUGAGCAGAUCGGUUUCUUGAAAGGAGAGAUAAGGAAGCUGGGAAGAGACAGGUCUAGAGAAACUGAGAGUAUGGAGUAUCUAAAGAACAUUGUCAUGCACUACAUGUGUGCUGACUCAGCAGGUCGAGACCAGCUUAUUAAUCCCCUAGCAACCGUCCUACAUUUCUCCCAAGAUGAGGUGUCUGAAGUGAAGAGAAAGGUUGCUGCAAGAAGAUGGUUGUCUGCAGCUCCAAAGUGAUAAACUAUAUUAGUGACAAAGUUUUAAUAAUUAUAUCUUUUAUUGUACAAUCAAUCUCAAUUGCAUUCAUCAUCACUUGUAAAAAGAAAUCUUAUGAAAAAAUUAAAAAACA